UGGAAGAAUUUUUCAUGAAGGAGCAGCAGAAGCAGAAGACAAGGCAAGGCAGUCAAAUCGUGCUGCAAGAAGAAAUGUUCUUUUUCUGAAGAAUAUAUUUCUUGAAGUCUACCAGCAAACAUGAAUAAAGUUCCGUUCUGGGUCAAAGUGCUCACCGGUGUUGGUGUAGGAGCGGGUGCCUCUGUCGUUGUGAAAGAACGACUUUCAGGCCCAGAUUUUGAUGCUCCUGUCAAUAUUGGAGGAAAAGUAGCAGUCGUUACAGGAGCCAACUCUGGCAUUGGGUUUGAAGUCGCUAAAAAUCUAGCACAACGAGGGGCAAAGGUUUAUUUAGCCUGCAGAGACAAAGAUCGGUGUGCUACGGCACGAGAGGAAAUCUUUUUAGAGACAGAAAACAAACACAUAUAUUGUAGGUACUGUGAUCUAGGAUCCUUCGAAUCCAUCAAGAGAUUUGUACGCCGCCUGCAAAGGGAUGAAGAAAAAGUGGAUAUCUUGAUCAACAAUGCUGGUGUGAUGUGGGGUGAACGUGAAACAACUCAGGAUGGCAUUGAGACACAGUUAGGUGUUAACCAUAUGGGCCACUUCCUUCUGACAAACUUGUUGAUUGAUAAGCUUAAGCAAGGAGCACCCAGCCGCAUAGUCAAUGUUGCCAGCACAGCACACUACAAAGGCAAGAUAAAUGUCCAAGAUUUAAACAGUGCAGAUAACUACAGUGAGAGUGGGGCCUAUAAUCAAAGCAAACUUGCAAAUGUCCUCUUUACAAGAGAAUUGGCUAAACGUCUUCAAGGAACUGAUGUUACUGUAAAUGCUGUUCACCCGGGUAUUGUGGAUACCAACAUCGUUCGCAACACAGGGUUUUUCACAACUUCAUUGAUGUUCAUUUUACGACCAGUUGUGUGGGCUUUCAUUAAAUCCCCAAGGCAGGGUGCUCAGGCAGUGUUGCAUGUAGCUCUACACCCAGACCUCCAGCAAACCUCAGGGCAGUACUUCAAUUUACGUGAGAUUGCCGAGCCUUCAAAGGAUGCGUUGAAUGACAAGUUGGCACUGUGGCUUUGGCUUACCAGUGAAAAGUGGACCAAGUUGGAGGAAAUGAGGAAAGAAUUGAAUGUUCAACCACUGCUUCUCCCUGGAGAAACGGUUGGAAAUGUGCCUUUACCUAAUAUGAAGCAGAGGGCAACUGCUUCAAAAGUUGUUUCCUCCAACAAGGAUAUUAUUAGUGAUGUGAACUCCAAUGUUCUUGCCUCCUAGCACCGGCUUCCGUGCCCCCGCGGGCACUAUAACUACUCCUUGUAGACUGGAUCACUUUUUUCAAUAAAUUAGAAAUUUGAGUUUCUUCUGGGAA